AUGAUGCAACAUCGCAUGCUCUCGAAAGAAGACGAAGUCUCCGCAGCAGGCGAAGAGAAUGAGGUCCGUCGCGAAGACCAGGAGAAGAUCAACCGUUUCAGUCGUCUUCAUCAACGUGAGACGCUGCUAGAAGAGCAGUUGAAGGCCAAACAGAAAGAUAAAGAGGAUCUCGAGGAGAUUUCUAUGGAGUUGGAACUGGCCGAUGAGGAUGAACUAGUGCCGUACAAGAUUGGGGACUCCUUCUUCCAACUUCCCCUUGCCGAUGCUCAAUCUCUCCUGUCUUCGUCGACGGAGCAGAUCGACUCCGAGGUGUCGGGGCUGGAGGAGAAGUUGAGCGAUCUGCGCGACGAGUUGCAGCAAUUGAAGGUGGCGCUGUAUGCGCGGUUUGGACGGAGUAUUAAUCUGGAGGUCUAA